AUGGAUAAGGCAGUUGGUAAACUAGUUAAGGUUGGGAAGGUUCUCGCAGUCGCAGCGGCGGUUAGUGUUAUUUCCCGCGCCAUUAUUCAGCGAUUAUAUAAAUUGCACAAGAUACACUGCCAUCGGGGUCAGGGAAUAAGGCCAGUAAAGCCCAUAGUGCAGCGUAGUUUCACCGCCGAUGAGCUUCAGGAGUAUGAUGGUGUACGCAAGAGUGAUGUUUAUGUGAGCGUUAAGGGUGUGGUAUACGAAGUCGCCCCACAGUUUUAUGGUCCGGGGCAGCCGUAUCACAUUUAUGCGGGGCGUGAAAUUAGCCGCUGCCUCGCAAAAAGUGAUUUAACAGGCGAUGAAAUCAACAAAGACUGGCGCCCGGGUAGCACUGAGGAGGAGCUGCAGCAGUUGGAAGGUUGGGUAAAGAAGUUCGAGUCCAGAUACCCCGUUGUUGGGUGGUUUAUAUGGGAAUAG